UUUACGCCGAAAACGAAACGAAGCGAAAAUGACUGCAACCGGCUAUGUAACCAAUUAGCUAACGAGAAAUUUCCACCUCUAAACAACCUAGAGCUAAGCUCAAUUUUCAAACUUCUCAAGAGUUGGUUACACGUUCAGUACUCUAAUUCUAUUAGGUACUCGUAUUUUAGAUAAAACUAAGAUGUGUCAAAAAAGUAGUGAAAAUCAUCAAAAAUUUCAGUUAAAUAAAGAAGCAAAAAAAUUUCUGGAUGUUUUGAUUUGUGAAGGUGGAAAAAGCCGGUGCGAUGAAACUUCGGAAGUUUUUCGAAGUGGAAUGAAGAUUCCUGAAUAUUAUGAUAAAGAAAAAUUUAAAAGAGGACAACAAUUUUUUCACCGAAACAUAUUCGCGAUGCUUUUCGGAAAAUUUCUCGGCUUAAUCUCAGAUCUCACUUUAAUAUCAUCUCAAAAAAUUUUGGAACACACCAAUCAAUCUAAUGAACCAAAAACAGCUUUUAAACGUUACGUUUCAACCAUUUUUAGUAUGUACACUUGGUAUACAUACGAUUUAAUACCUGGUUCAAAAUCUUGGGAAUCGUUAAAACGUAUAAGAACAAUUCACAAUUUCGCUAGUUUAAAAUGUCAUAAAAAUCAAAUUGGGGAAAUCGCUCAAUAUCACAUGGCUUUAGCACAAUUUGGUUUCAUGGGAUUAAUCGUAUCGAAAAGUGAGAAAAUUGGAAUUUUUCCAAAUCAAAAAGAAAUGGAUGAUUUUAUACAUUUUUGGAGGGUUAUUGGUCAUAUGCUUGGGAUCGAAGAAAAAUACAACAUUUGUCGUGAAACGUUUAAAGAGACGAAAGAAAUUUGCGAUGAGAUAAUCGCAGAAAUCAUUUCACCAGCUCUAAAUGAAUGGGACGAAAGCUUUUUGAAGAUGACCAGAGCUUUAAUUGAAGGAAUGUGGUCGAUGAUGCCGGUUUUACAGUUUAAAGUAUUUUUAAAUUUGCUUUAUCUGUUAAUUAAUAAUAACAAUCAAGAUAAAGAUGUUGAGAUUUUACAAAUGAACUAUUUUGAGAAAUCUUAUUAUAAGUAUGGAUUAAAUUAUAAACAUAGCAAAUUUGUGGAAAGUUCUAAUUUUAAUUAUACAAAUUUUAAUUAA